AUGGCGCCCCCCAGCGAGGCGGCCGCAGGAGUCGGCUUCAAGGAGGAGCUGAUCAAGUGCAGCGAGCAAGAAAAAUGCGAAUACAAAACGAAUAUCAAGGUAAAAAUAGGAAACAACCAAAAGAUCCUUCUGCUAGUGAGACACAAAAAGGAGGAGUUCUACGUAGUGCUCCAUCAGACUAAAUUCAUCGUAGCGUAUCCAAUGGUGUAUAGAACCUUGGCGCCACAAAAGUCUGUAUUCAGCUAUAAGGAAUUUUACGAGUUAGGAAUAGGUACGAUAGAUGAACAGAACAAAAAGGGAAAAGACAGAUGUGAGAGCUACGAUUUCAGCAUCCAUGAACAAAUCCAAGUCCCAACCUUUCAAGGGUUCAAUGAUAGACCCUUCGCGCUCUGUUGUUCCUGCUACGACUUACCACAUUCGUAUGAUUUCAUAAAUGACUUAUAUAAGGGAGUCCCACAAAAAGUGGAAUUAGAAUGUCCCGAUAGAGACACAAUAAGCAGUGAUGAGAAAUAUGAGAGACUCGUCUCAGUGAAGAAGGCGCUCCGUCAUGUCCUCCCAAUGUAUGCUCUCUUCAAAUUUAAAAACGAGGUCAACAUUUUUCUCGUUUUUAACAUAACGGUUAUGAAAAAGAAGAAGACCUUUUCCGACUAUUUCCAACUGUAUAGUGAUAAGACAGACUUGGAAAAAGCGACACACAGAUAUGUGAUUAGCGAAUCUGCCAAACCGAUAGAGCUCUUCGAUAAGAAAUAUAUUUACAUCACACAUUCAUCGUCUGCAUUCGAUAACGUCUCCAUUCCAACGCUCCACAACAACUUUCUUUUGUACCCAUUCUACCCGGAAGAAUUAUACGGAAUAAAGUACGGCACGUUAGACUACGGAUGUUCUUACAACAAGUCCCUAAACUUUGAGUGCAUUGAAAAUGACGAAAGUAAAUGCACUUAUACCGAUUCUACUUGUCUUAGUAGGUCUAUACUGGUCCCUAAAAACUACGUCUCCGACGACGCACAUGCUGCGUGUGGAUUAAUCGGAUACAGUGACUACACUAUUUCCAGGAGGGAGUCCUGCAUGGAGGACGCAGAAUGUAUAGCAAACACGGUGGAGUCCUAUCUGAACAAAGCACAGGAACUCACAAAAGGAAAUGAAGAAACGGUCACCAAGCUACCAAUCAUAAAUGGGAAGUACCCUCACUACAUUUUUAGGAAAAAAGAUUACAACCAAAGUACCCCUGACAAAAGGUCAGUUAACUUUUUCCAGGACACCAACAUUGAACACUUCAUUGCGUAUGAGUACUACAAAGAGGAUCGAACAGAAUUCACCAUCAGCUUGUUUAACAACCAGAAGGAUCAGAUCAUGCAUGUGGUAGACCCUCAAGUGCUCUCUCUAAAAGAGGAGCAUCCCCCAAAGGAAGAACGCGAACCACUGGAAGAACCAGAACCCCUAUACGACGAUACCAUCUUCCAGUUAGAAACUUUAAACGAACUGCGGAUAAUAAACAUUCUAUACUCAGACCAGUGUGACGAACAGAACACACAGAAGUGUGGCGUUUUGGUACAUGUGUGGAACCCAUCCAUGGAAAAGAUAAAAGCUAGGCUGAAGUUACAGUGCACCAUAAAUUCAAGUGAAAAAUAUAUAGAUGAGAAAAACCUCAUUUAUGAGGAGGGAAAAUAUCAGUUCCUGUUCUUUUUUAAAGUUCCUUUUCUUAAAUUUGCCUCUCUUCGCAACUGCAGUGUGCAUGCAUAUGGGGCUUUUAAACUGUACGACGCACAAACUUAUGUGGUUCGGAAGAGGGGAAUCAUUAGGAAGUUUUUCUACCAUCAACCUAAGGAGACUAGUGCCAUGAAGGUCUACUCGGAGGGCAUACAAAAGGUCACCUGCUGCAUGGAAGAGCCACACAUCUGCGACGUGAAAAACAUCCCCCAUUGCAUUACUCAGGAGUCGUUGAAUGUACUUCACGUUUUCAUAUUUUUUGUUUUCCUCGUCCUUGUCUUUGUUGUGUUCCUCACUGGCAACGCCCGCAAGAAGAGACCCGACUCGAACAGCGCCGGUGCAGACAACGCACCCUCCACGUCAGACGUGAGGGCAACCGCAGGGGCGCCACAAACGGCAUAA